AUGAACUCGUAUUUUGAGCAAGGUGGGUUCUAUGGUAGCCACCAUCACCAGGGCGCCAGCUCCGUAGCUGGUGCUCACCACCAUGAUCAGAGUGCCGCCGCGGCGUACAGGCCUUUCCCGCUCAGUCUGGGAAUGUCACCGUACGCCUCAUCGCAGCACCAUCAUCAUCACUCGUUGCACCAGGCCAGGCCGCCGCAGGACUCGCCGUACGACGCUUCGGUGGCGGCGGCCUGCAAGCUAUACUCCUCAUCCACGGAGAGCCAACAGAACUCAGUGAACUACAGCACGACGAACGCGAAGCCAGACUGCUCCAAGGGAAAUUCCGACCAGAACGGGUACGCCUCGGUGGUGGCGGCGGCGGCAGUCAAGGAUGUAUGGCAGAGUGCAAGUUCCGGUGGAGGCGCCAGUUUAUCCAACAGUCUAACCGGCCCCGUCCGACCGUCCGCGUGCACCCCAGACUCCAGAGUCGGAUACGGCUCCUCCGUGGGACUCGUCGGAGGUGAUCCAGCUUCAAGUCCGGGAGCCGCAGGUGGCGGACGCACAUCGAACGCGCUCAGCUCAUGGAACAACCCGUGCUCCCUGAACUCGUCGUCCACUCAACCGGUCGGAACACAGCUCCAUCAGCAGUCCAACCACACAUUCUACCCAUGGAUGGCAAUAGCAGGUCAGUCAAAAUAUAAAAAAAAAGUUAAAUAA